GUAAAAUAGAGUAAAAGGUGAUAAAUUAAAUCUUUUCUAAUAAGAAUAAAUGAAAAAAGAUAAUUUUAAGACUGUUGAUAGCUAAAGAAACAUUGAGAUUAUAAAGAAAAAAGAUUUUGAUUCUUUAUUUAAUAGAUAACAAGACUAAUUAUAGGUUCAGUAAGAAAUACAAAAUCAGGAAGAAAAAUAAAGUUAAAGUCACAGUCAUUUUGAAAAAUAUCAAAUGAACUCAUAAAUUAAUAAUAAUUAAAAUAUGGUUGCUAAUGAUGAGUGCGAAACUUUGCUUAAAUCAUAAUUAUGUAAAAAAAAACUCAAUUUUACUAAUUAGAAAUUAAAUUAAGUUGCUAAAGAGUAUCGUUUGGAUUAAUAAAAUAGUUAAAAUAACUCUAAAACUGAAGAAAUUAGCAUUAUAUAUGAAAGCAGAGAAAAUUAUAAGAUCGAAUUCUAAGAUUUUUAAAAUCCUCGCUGGAAUUAAGAAAAUAUUUAAAAUAACUCUAAAAAUGAAAAAAGCAGUAUUCAAUAUGAAAGCAGUGAAAUUAAAAAGUUAGAGCUCAUUUGUAUUUCUACUUAAAAAAAUAUUGAUACUAAUGAAACUAGUAACAAUAAUAUGAGUUAUCAAAACAGUCAUUCUUAUAAUUAAAAUUUGAAUGAGUUUUCAUCAAAAGAUUGUGAAUAAAGUGAUUAAACAAUAUAAAUCAAAUAACAAAAAGCGAAUGAAAAAUUAAGUAAAUAUAAAUAGAUUUAAAAUUAUAAAAAUUUAUCAAAUAAAAUUUAAGCAAAAUAAUAUUUAAGCUAAGUUUCUUAAAAUUUUGAAGAAAACAACUACUAAAAUUUUGAAACUUUGAGUGAUAAUGUUAUUGAAAUAAUAGAUAAUUAACUCACAGAAAAAGGUUAUGAAGAUAUAAAAUAUAAAAAAGUAAUAGGUUGUGGCUUUGUUUAAAAAGCUACUAAGUAAAUCGGAUAAGAUAAAAAACAUUACUUGAUAUUGAUAUUGACAAGAUUUAUUAAAAUCUAAAAUAGCCAUAAAAAUUUAGAGUUAUUAAAGUUUUUAAAAACAUUGCAUGAAACUAAAUAAUAAAUUUAAAUAGAUGAUACUUUUUAAUUAUAUUUAAAUGGUUGUCAGCAUCCAAUUUAUAGUGUUAUAGCUUUGCGAGGAUAUAGUAAUACAUAUAAUUUUCUUCUUUACAUUGAAAAAAUAAUAGAUUUCUUUAAGAAAAAUGAGUAUUACUUAGAAAAAUAUAUAGCUGAAGGAGGUUUCGGUAUUGUUUUUGAUGGUAAAAUAUAUCAAAAUAAUAAAAUAUAAGAAGUAAUAUUCAAAAUAUAAUUCACAGAUGAGUAAAAUACAAAUGAAAGUGAAGAAGAAUUUCUUAUUAUGAAAGGAUUUGAAAAAAAUAUUAAUUUGAUUAAUGCUAUUGAUUAUAAAAAAAUAGACUAGAAUGUUUCUGUUAUAUUGAUGGAAAAGUGUGAAUGCAAUUUAAAUAACAAAUUGAAAUAACUUCAAGAAAGGAAUUAAUUUUCAUUUACUUAACUUUUAAAAAUUAUAUUUGAUCUAAUAGAUGGAUUGAUAUUGCUGAGGAUAUAUAAAAUAAUUCAUUUAGAUAUAAAACCUACAAAUAUUUUAAUUAAUCGCUAUGGUAUAUAUGUUUUUUCUGAUUUUGGAAUAUCUAUAAAAAAUAAAAAUAAUAUACCUAUUAAAGUUAAAGGGUUUACACCAAGCUACGCUCCUGAAGAAGUAAUUAAAGGAAAAGUUAGUGAUAUUAAUUACGAAUCAGAUGUUUUUUCAUUAGGAAAAACAUUAGAAAUUGUUUUUAAGGAGUACGAAAAACUUAAAAUUUUUAAUUAAAAUGAAAAAGCUAUGCUUGAGAAAUUUAAAUAAAUUUUAAAGGAUUAUGCCCUCAGAGAAUAAGUCUCUGAAAGAAAAACAUGCUUGGAAUUGCAUAAAGCAUUUUAUGAAGUUGUUAAAUUUGGAGAAAAUAAAGAAUUUUCAUAGUCUUAUAUUGAUAAAAUUAGAUUAAUAUUAUUAUAAACCUAUCAUGAUAGUAACAAAGAUAUCUAGUUUUUUCAUGAAGUAUCUAUUUAUUACAAUGAAAAAAUACUUGACUUAAAACAAAAUAUUAAAAAAUCUCAUAUUUUAAGCUUUGUUGAAAUUGAAUCACUUUCUGAAUCUUCUUUAAGAAAGAUUGAUAAAAUAUUAAGUUAAGAAGAUCCAGAGUAUAUAUUAAUUUAUCAUUCGAUUGCAAGCUUUUAUAAUGAAAGGAGCUAAUUUGAAAUGGAGAAAAAAUAUUUAUAAAAAUCUCUUGAAUUGUGUAAUUAACUAUUCAAAAAAGAGAAUAUCUAUCUAGCCAGAACAUUUAAUAAACUUGCUUUAUUUCAUUUAAAACAAGAAGGUUUAGAAAAAUCGCUUAAAUCUCUUAAAAUACUUGAAAAUAUUUUUAAAGGAGAUCACGAUACUAAAGCUAUUUUCCUGAAUACUCUUUCAUGGUGUUAUUCAAGUUUAUAAGAAUCUCAAAAAGCUUUAGAAGUAUAAGAAAAAUCUCUAAAAAUGAGAAUGAAUUUGUUUAGCUAAAAUCAUACUAGGAUUGCUGUAGCUCUUAACAAUUUAGGAACUAUGUAUUAAAAAAUUGAUCAAAUAAAAAGUUUGGAAUACUAACUUUUAUCUCUACAAAUCAGAUAAUUUCUUUUUUAAGAAAAUCAUCCAUGCAUAGCAAGAUCUCUUGAUUGUGUUGGAUAAUGCUAUUUAAAUAUGGGAAAUUUAAAAAAAGCAAAAAAGUAUUUGUACAGAUCAUAUUUUAUGAGAAGAAGAAUAUAUAAAGGAGAUAUUGACUGUGUUGCAGAUUCUCUAAAGAGUAUUGCAAGAUAUUAUUAAAAGUCUGGUGAAUUCAUAAAAGCAAUAUUUUUUUAUAAAAAAUAUUUUUAAAUGAUAAGAAACUUGAAAUCUGAUAUUAAAUAUGUAAAAGAUGCUACACUAAUCUCUAAGAGACAACUAAUUAUAGGAUUAUGUUAAUUCAACAUAGGGUAAUUUAUAAAAAAUUUGUAAACCAAUAUCAGUUGA